CAGAGGGCAGGGCCCGACUCACCGGCCCUGCAGGUUGCUGGGAAGGGCGCUCCCUCCUUCCCAACAUGGCGGCGACCAGGGGGCUUCUUCUUCCCAGGAGCCCCCUCGGCGCGGCGGGAAAGUUUCCCGCCGUCAGGGCCCUCCGUGGGCGGGGCCGCACCAGGCUCCGCCCCCAACAAGGUCUUCAGCAGCCAUUCUGAGGCUGCAGCUUGGACGAGGAGGCGGUGUGGAGGAGCAGCGGAGGAGAAAGAAGAGAAAGAAAGAGAAAGAAGAGAAAGAAGAGAACCAGCGGAGAUUUGAGUAUCUGGGGAAGGGCUAUGGCGCCAAAAAGGAGCACUAGGGCAGCAGCGGGUGAGAAGGAGUUGCCGGCUAGAACUACGAGGCCGCCCAGGAGCAAGGCAGCAGUGGAGCCUGAGCCGAGAAAGAAAGCACCUAGUAAGGCGCCCAUGCGCAAGGCAGCUCCAAAACGCGCGGGUAAGCAGGAUGAGGGCGCGCUGGAAGGGAUUUCCAAGAAUCUCGCCCGCCUAGUGGAUAGAAUGGGAAAACUUGAGUCCAGAGUUUAUCAGAGAUCCGACAGGGCAUCAGUAUCCCCGCAAAGGGAUGCACCGAGGGGCAGGAGACGCACGAGAGACGAGGACGUUUCCAGGACACCCUCAGCUAGUCCAGUAUCCAGCGGUGAUGACUCCACGACGGCCACCGAACGGACCGAGCGGAGUGGCGGCAGUGCUCGCAAGAGGUCGCGCAGGUCUUCCAGACGUUGUUGCCAGACUGCUACAGACAGCGACUCCGCAGAGAGUGAGUAUGCUCGUGUUGAUUUAGUUGACAGAGAUAAUUAUUGGAGGACAGCGGCCCUUGUGCCGGGACUCCCCGAAUGGGCCAUCAGGGACAGAACCGAGACAGCGGCGGCGCUGGGAGCCCCAUGUGGUGCUUGGGGCAAGCGCAGGGCUCCGGCCCCAGCGCUACCUGGCCCCUUUCAGGACAAUGAAGAUCCUCCUGGCACUCACCUGUCUCCCCGCAUUAUCAGCAAGAUACUGAAAGGCUAUUAUGUGGACGUCUUUGCACUCAUAAAACCAGAAGGGGAGGAAGGUAGGGAACCCCCUCUAAGAGGCAGGCAUAGAAAAGGGGAGAAGAGGAAGCCGGUGGAGCAGAACUUUGUCAAUUGGAUGGCUGGUUUUUCAGUAUACCUAGGGGUAGUGGCCACGUCAUUUCCUGACCGGGCGUGGCAUCUUGCAAAUCAUCAAAAGACGGUCGUCAAGGCUAGGAGGAUGGCGGGUGAGGCAGCAGCCAUCGCAUACGAUGAGGCCUUUAGAAAAAGAGCAUCCCAGAGCGCCAGGGUGAGAUGGGACCUCACUAAUCACGACAUAUGGCUUACUGAGGUCGGCCCCAGCAUAAAAAGCAAAGCAGAGGCGGGCAGGUCAGACCGCAGCUGGGGCAGAAGAGACAGCAGACGGGCCGUGUGCUGGGAAUUCAACCUUGGAAAAUGCCAACGUGCACGCUGCCGCUUCGACCACCUAUGUGAAUACUGCUCAGGAAACCACACCAAGAUGACUUGCGGGAAGUCCAGUAGCAACGGGCAGCCCUUUCGGUCAGGCCGGGCUGGUGGUCAGCCCGGUUUCAAGAAGGAAAGUGGAGCAGCCAAUGGGAGCAGCUCCGCUCGCACCAAGUAAUUCACUCGGCUCCAUCGAGGCACUGGCGUUCACACCAGUGCGCCUUUCGGCCAUGCAGCCUUGGCUGAGGGCAUAUCCCCAUAAGACUGCUGCAUCAUUUUUACUUGAAGGUUUUUCACAUGGCUUUCGCAUACCAGCUGUUGGUCCCAGGACUGCAUUCACAUCCGGCAAUUUAAAAUCAGCGACGCAAAUGCCCGAAGUCCUCAGCAACAAAAUUGCCAAAGAAUUGGAAGCCGGAAGGAUCGCGGGACCUUUCCAGGGGCCACCUCUAGAGAACUUUCGAGUUUCCCCGCUAGGGGUUGUGCCUAAAAAAGCGCCAGGCGAAUAUCGCCUUAUCCAUCAUCUGUCUUAUCCAAAAGGCUCAUCCGUCAACGACGCCAUCCCGCCUGAACUUUGCUCUGUUAAAUAUGCCUCUUUCGACCAGGCGGUCAAAUUGGUACAAGAGAAGGGUCCACAGGCCCUCAUGGCAAAAUGCGACAUCCAAUCCGCAUUCAGGCUACUACCCGUCAACCCAGCGGAUUUCAAUUUGCUGGGAUUCAAAUUCAAGGACAAUUGGUAUUUCGAUAAAGCCAUGCCCAUGGGCUGUGCAAUCAGCUGUGCUGCUUUUGAAACCUUUAGCUGCUUCCUCGAAUGGGUGGCGCGCACUUUUGCUCGUUCCAAGUUCAUCACUCACUACCUUGAUGACUUUCUUUUUGUGGGCACCAGGGACAGCGACGAGUGCGCACACCUCCUCCGGUCUUUCAGGGCCAUGGCUAUGGCCUUUGGCAUCCCAUUGGCGAAGGAUAAGACAGAGGGCCCGUCAACCGACAUCACCUACUUGGGCAUUCAGCUGGAUUCCAUUCUGGGAGUAUCUCGCUUGCCUGAGGACAAACUGACCAAGCUGAAAGGACUACUGGGUGAGGCCAUCGCCAGGAACAAGAUCACCCUCAGAGAAUUGCAGGCCAUUUUAGGGCACCUCAACUUCGCCUGCAAAGUAGUGUCACCAGGGAGGCCCUUUUGUGCCCGUUUGGCACGGGCCACCGCAGGGAUUAGCGCCCCGCAUCACCGCAUCAGAGUCACGCUAGGCAUGCGGGAGGACAUGAGGGUGUGGCUAGAAUUUCUGGACAAGUUCAACGGUGUUGCCAUUUGGCAAGAUAGAUGGGAGCCAGGGAAGGAACUUCAGGUACACUCCGAUGCGGCAGGCAGCAGCGGCUUCGGGGUAUAUCUUCAGGGGCACUGGUGCGCGGCCAGGUGGCCCGAUAGUUGGGUGGGAGGUAGCAUUCUGCGGGACCUCACCUUCCUUGAGUUUUUCCCCAUAUUAGUGGCAGUGCGAACCUGGACCGAAAUAUUCAGGAACAAGAGAGUACGAUUUUGGUGUGACAAUCAAGCUGUAGUCAGGGUAAUCAACAAACAAACAUCAAAAUCCCCUAGAGUUAUGAAACUUGUAAGGUUUUUUGUAUUAACUUGCUUGGAAGCUAACAUCACCUUCUUAGCCCAAUAUAUUCCAGGUGUUCAAAAUGAAGUAGCGGAUGCAUUGUCCCGUUUCCAGGACGACAGGUUUCGGUCGCUAGCGCCGGACGCAGACCUCCAGCCCACCAUUUUCCCACAGGAGCUGUGGAACCUUGGAGAGGAGAAGCCUGGUCAGAACUAAUGCUAACCAUCGCACCUGCGACCAGGAGGGCUUACCGUGCAGCGGUGACAGCAUUCACCAAGUUCAGGCUGGAAGCGGGUUAUGGCAGCAGAUGGCCAACCAGCGAGGACGAGGUGCUACAUUUCAUCAUUCGCCAGAGGAGGGCCAACGUCUCAGCACACGCCAUGCGGCGUCAACUAGCAGGCAUCGCCUUCUACAGCAAAGCGGCAGGAUGGGGAGACCCAUGCAACGACUACAGAACAAGGAAGCUACUGAGAGGGUGGAACAAGAGGGCGCCAAGGCAAAAAGACAGACGACGUCCCCUCUCCUACAACGUCCUUAGCAGGCUCAUCUCGACACUGAAGAAAAUCUGCACUUCACGUUACGAGGUGAAACUUUUCACAGCAGCUUACACCACAGCUUUCUUCGGGGCACUCAGACUGGGGGAGGUGGUAGCCGACUCCAAGGCUGAUGGGUCAGGGAAGGCACUACAGCUCAGGGAUGUCUCCAUCGGGCAAAACUCAUUAGUGAUUAGGAUCAGACAAUCCAAGACCGAUCAAGGGGGGAGAGGGGCAUCCCUCAGCAUUCAAGGGUUAGAACCAGGGCGGUUAUGUCCAGUCAGGGCACUUUCCGAAUAUCUACACAUACGCAGGUCAUCCCCAGGUACACUUUUCAUUCAUAAAAACGGCACCCCGCUAUCUAGAUACCAGUUCAUGGCGAUAUUCCGCAGCGCACUAACCGGCCUGGGCCUCCCCGCAGCGGAAUACGGAGGGCAUUCAUUCAGGAUAGGAGCAGCCACCACUGCAGCGGUGGGGGGCGUGCCAGUGGACAUCAUAAAAACCAUGGGGAGGUGGAAAUCAGCAGCUUACACUUCAUACAUCAGACCCGGCCUUCUGCAGGAGGCUACGAGGUCUGCCGGCCCCUCUCCUCCUUUUCUUCAGGUGCGCUGCCGUGAACUCAGAAGAUCGGUCGAAGGGACGGAGAUGGCAUCAUACCAUAGCGGUCAGUCGGGAGGAACCGGGCGCCGAGGACGCCACAGGAAGGACAAAAUUGCCCGCUAGGCACUGGACGGAUAGUAUGGGACUCUCGCAAAAAGUGGCGAGGUGGUGGAGGACUCAGGUUAUCGGACAGCUGCAUGGCAGCGCUUCAGGCCACCGCUGGGGCAAGCGGUAUCCAGUUAUUCACAUUGUUAUUCUAGUCAUUGUUUUAUUUUGUUGGCUACGGAAGUUAGGGUUGGCGGCAAGGAGAGUGGGGGGUCCCCACCCUCCUUUUGUGGCGUAUGACAUGGGUCGCGGAUCUCGUAAAAUACUCCACCCCCCCCUUUUCAUUGGCAUUAGGGGGGGGAAGGGAUAUUUUGGCCACCACCAGGUGGCGCUGGAGACCGACUACCGGGUCAGGUGUCGGUUGUGCCGUGACUCUUGUGGAUCAGACAGCAUUGGGCUGUUUGAUCGUUGAUCCGGGACCCAUGCAGGCAGCCAACCCUUUAUUCUGUAACCAAUAAAAAUGUUGUGGCCAGUUUUACCCAAAGCUAUUGUUGUCAGUGUGUUUAUUGUUAACCAGCAUACGGCGGGGACAGUCGACCAUGCCCACGCAAAGGGCAGGGCCCGACUCACCGGCCCUGCAGGUUGCUGGGAAGGGCGCUCCCUCCUUCCCAACAUGGCGGCGACCAGGGGGCUUCUUCUUCCCAGGAGCCCCCUCGGCGCGGCGGGAAAGUUUCCCGCCGUCAGGGCCCUCCGUGGGCGGGGCCGCACCAGGCUCCGCCCCCAACAAGGUCUUCAGCAGCCAUUCUGAGGCUGCAGCUUGCCAUCCCGCCCACCCUGCUGGCUUUGCAUGUUACUUUGUUUGUCACAACCGUUGGUGGCGUAUGACAUGGGUCGCGGAUCUCGUAAAAUACUCCACCCCCCCCUUUUCAUUGGCAUUAGGGGGGGGAAGGGAUAUUUUGGCCACCACCAGGUGGCGCUGGAGACCGACUACCGGGUCAGGUGUCGGUUGUGCCGUGACUCUUGUGGAUCAGACAGCAUUGGGCUGUUUGAUCGUUGAUCCGGGACCCAUGCAGGCAGCCAACCCUUUAUUCUGUAACCAAUAAAAAUGUUGUGGCCAGUUUUACCCAAA